AUGAAGUUCUCCGCUCUCCUGGCUCUCAUGCCCCUGGCGGCCGUCGCCACGCCUACUCCCACCAUUGAGAAGCGGGCAACUACCUACUGCGGUCAAUGGGAUUCCGCUGUGACCGGCACCUACACUGUCUACAACAACCUUUGGGGCGCAUCCUCUGGCAGCGGUAGCCAGUGCACCACUCUGACCGGCCUGUCCGGCAGCAACCUGGUCUGGUCUACUACCUGGUCCUGGUCCGGCGGACAGUACAACGUCAAGUCGUACGCCAACGCCGUCGUCUCCAUUAGCAAGAAGGCCCUCAGUGCCAUCAGCAGGAUCCCGUCAACCUGGAACUGGAGUUACUCCGGAAGUGGAAUUGUCGCCAACGUCGCCUACGACCUCUUCACCUCCUCAACCGCCGACGGUUCCCCUCAGUACGAGAUCAUGAUCUGGCUCGGUUCCCUCGGCGGUGCCGGCCCCAUCAGCUCCACCGGCAGCACCAUCGCCACGCCCUCCGUCGCCGGCCGCACAUGGAACCUGUACAAGGGUGUCAACGGUCAGAUGACCGUCUUCAGCUUUGUCGCACCCAGCAACGUCCAGAGCUUCAGUGGCGACCUGAAGGCGUUCGUCACCUACCUCAUCAACAGCCAAGGCCUGCCUUCUUCCCAGAUCCUGCAGAGCAUCGGUGCCGGCACCGAGCCGUUCGUCGGCUCCAACGCCAAAUUCACCACUACUGCCUACACUGCUUCUCUUGCUUGA